AUGUCCGACUUAGGCAGAAAGAAUCUCUCCGACAAGGUCUCCGAGGCCGUCACCCCAAACUCUCAAAAGACUACUCUUGAAUCCGCUAAGGAAUCUGUCACUGGUGCUGCCGACAAGGUUGCCGCUGCCGUUACUCCAGAAAGCGAAAAGUCCUUCUCCCAGAGCCUCGCUGACAAGGCUCAAUCUGGCCACGACCAGGCUGCCGCUGAAACCGCUCCAGGUAUCGUUGAAACUGCCGGUGAAUACCUUGAAGCUGCCAAGGUUCAAAUCGGUCACGCCGUUGAAAACAUUUCUGCCACCUUGACCGGUGCCGUUGAAGGUGCUCAUGCCGGUGCUGCCCACACCGAUGCCAAUGCCACCAAGAAGUAA